CCCCCUCUUAACAGUCUCGCAUACUCCUGCCGUUCAAGUCUGUAGCAGAUCAUCAUGGCGUCCAUUAUCCGAGUCAACGCCCGUCGUUUGGCACCUUCCGUCUCUUUCGCUCGAUCUUUUUCAGUCUCAGCGAGCUCUAGAAAAGACCUCGUUCAGGACCUGUACAUUUCUCAGUUGAAGAACUACAAGGCUCCAGCGCAGACCAAAGACGCCCACGUAGGAAACGUUCGAAACUACACCGCUCCCUCGCCUCCCAAGGCCCCAGUCCUCCCUUCCAACCUCGCCGAAGAGCUGUCUAAAUUCGAUGCUGAGGAGCCUACCCUCGGAGCAUCCUCUACUGAAGCUACUGCGUCUAGCACGGAGGAGCAGGGAGAAUCAGCUCAAGAUUACUUGAACUUCCUCGAAGCCGACCACCCAAAGAAGGAGCAUCAUUAGUCGGUGGGACGAUAGAUGGAAUGUAGCAUGGGAUGAAGGCAAGAGGAUGCAAAAAUCAU